AUGAAAUCGAGUAAACGAAGGCUCCAGGCACUCGCAGAGGGCUCCGAAGGCUUAUCAAACUACUUGAAAAUGGAAGAUUCCGAAACAUCAAUUCCACCAGUGUUUAGAUCUCGGUUACACGAACUUUUUUCUCAAAUAGAAAAAGAAUUUGACCUUCUCUACUCAGAAAAUUUAAAUCUUCAAGAGAAAAUAGAUAUUUUAAGUGAAAAGCUUGAAAGAGAGAGUUGUGUUGGUGAUAAGCAGAACACAGAUUAUAUUGAGUUUGAAACUUCAGGGAAAAAUUCAAAAGUUAAAAUAUCACAAAAUAAUCCUCAAAAGGUGAAAGCUAGUCAUAAACUUAGAGUACAGACUAGUAAGAUUGUGUCUAGUUUUAAGGCACCAACAUACAGUUGCCAACUUGUACGAGAGUUUACUGGUCAUAAGGAUGGUAUAUGGGAUGUGUCUUCUGCAAGACCAGGUCAAGCUCUUAUCGGAACUGCUGCAGCAGAUCACACAGCCUGUGUGUGGAGUGUGGAAUGGGGAAAAUGUUUACUGCAAUACACUGGUCACUCUGGUUCAGUUAAUUCCAUUAAGUUUCAUCCAAACCGAGACCUGGCCCUAACUAGUAGUGGCGACAAUACAGCACAUGUCUGGCAGGCAGCUGUUAAUUGGGAUCUACCGAGAGGUCAAUCAUCAGAAGAGGAAUUAGAAGGAGGCGGUGAAGAAAGCUUAGGUGACACAGACAGGCCAGAAGUCCUCCGCACUCCACUUUCAGAGUUGAUGGGACACACGGGGGUGGUUGUAGCGGCGGACUGGUUAACUGGUGGUGACCACGUUAUAACUGCCUCGUGGGAUAGAACCGCUAACUUAUAUGAUGUCGAGACGGGCGACUGCUUGCAAAUAUUGACGGGCCACGAUCACGAGCUGACCCACGCAUCAGCGCACCACAGUUCCCGUCUCGUGGUCACCGCAUCUCGCGACACGACUUUCCGCCUCUGGGACUUCAGGGAACCAAUACAUUCUGUCUCCGUGUUCCAGGGUCACACGGAGAGCGUCACAUCAGCUGUGUUUACGAGGGAGGAUAAAGUGGUAUCCGGUUCUGACGAUCGUUCAGUGAAGGUCUGGGAUGUUCGCAACAUGCGCUCAGCGUUAGCAACGAUCCGAUCGGACUCAUCUGUUAAUCGGGUGUCGGUCAGCAGUGGCGGUCUCAUCGCCAUACCCCACGACAAUAGACAAGUUCGACUGUUCGAUCUACAGGGUCAACGGCUAGCGAGACUGCCUCGUUCUAGUAGACAGGGUCAUCGGCGUAUGGUGACGUCAGUGGCGUGGGCGGAAGACAUAUCAUCAGGUAUCAACUUCUUCAGUUGUGGCUUCGACCGCCGAAUCCUCGGCUGGGCAAUUCAACCUUCUAAGGAAAACUGA